UAGCAAGUAUCACGGUCAGACAGAAUCUGCUCCUCUUUCAGACAUUUUGACUGUGUGGAUUUUGCCGGUUCGUGUUUGGGUCCUUUUUUCUGUACAGUAGUCUUCCUCCGAAUAAUUAUAUGCCAUCAACAUCAUCCAAACUCAAACAGAAAGAUCUCAGCAUGUCAGAAGCAGGAGCGCGAGAGAACGCGGCCCUCCGGCAGUGUGUUCAGGCGCGUGCGCAGCUGGAGGAGGCCAUAGCUGGAGUGAUUAAAGCUGAGGCCCAGCUCAGGGGUAACUCUAGAGAGGUGAAGUCUCAGCUGCACAGCUGCAUCAGCAGGCAUUUGGAGACGCUGCGCUCGCGGGAGGUUUGGCUCCUCGAGCAGAUUGACCUGUUGGAGCACUUGAAGACAGAAUCUCUGCAGCAGCAGAUAAAUCAGCUCCACUGGCUCCGGGGGCAGUUUGACAUCCUCAUCCAUCAGCUGCAAAAUUCCAACAGCAACAACCUUGCCAGUCAACUCACUAGCUGCUUGGAAAAGUUUUCUGGUCUGAAUCUGAGUCCUGAGGAAACACCAGAGAUGAGUUUUGAAGCGGACGCUCGUGCCUUGCGCCAAGCUAUUACCUCUUUUGGGACCAUUUCAACUGAGCAGAUGUUGAAGACCUCUGUCUCCAGCCAAACCAAUCAAAGAUCAAGCUCUGCUGAAGACACUUGGCUUGUACAAAACUGCCCUGUCGGUGCAAAGAGACAGAAGCUGGAUCAAGACUGGGGAGGCCCACUUGCUGAAUGGUUACUCACUGGUCCUGUGACCAGUGCUCCAAUUGGAUACAAGGGCAGCAAUAACCCUCAGGAUUGGUUGUUAACCCCUAGAGAGAAACUUCAGGCAUACUGCCCUCUUGUCCCCUUUGACUUUCAGAAGGCCUGGGGCCAGCUUAAAGAUCUAGAGGUGUGGCUCAUGAAGGAGAAGUCACCUGCACGUGAGCGAACCAACAGCAAUUCCAGCACAAUCAGCUCUGCUUUCUCCAUUGAGAAGAUUGAGGAGAAUGACUUCCUGGGAGAAGGGGAAGUUGAAGGAGUCCAAAUGGAGAAUGAUGAGGAGACUGAUGAUGCUGAGGCUCUCGAUGACUGGCUCAUUACCCCCAAAACCAGCAAGCUGAUGGAGCCCAGCCCUGUUUCAGAUGCAGUUCAGUGGAAGCAGGUGUUCAAACCCUUCCAUGAGAACUUCUCCCCCAGUGAGUGGCUCCUGAAGUCAGACUGUGGUUCGUGCUGCACCUCACGUGUCAAAGCGGUGGAGAUUGAGAACCUCGGCAAGCUCAAGUGCCUGAAAACUCCCCUGUCUUCUGGGGCUGCAUCUCCCACUACUCCCACUCCCUCUUCUGUGAGUCCUGAUCCAGUGGAGGUCUGGCUCCAGCAAGCCAUCCCUAUAGAAAAUAACUGCAAAGCCAACGAGAAAUGUUCAAGCUUUGCUCAGUGCGUGUGUGACACCAACUGUGGGAAGGAGGCUCUGAGUGCCUGGCUACUUAAGAAAGAGGGCAGAGACAAGAAUGGUGUGCCCUUGGACAAGAAUGCUACCAACAGACCAUCCAUGUUACAGGAGCAGAAGGUGCAGGCCAUCCUGGAUGCCUGGCUCCAUCCCAGCAAAAGAGUAGAAGCACCGUUUCUGUCCUCUCUCUCAGGCUGGGUUUCUCCCUGUAAGCUGGUGGGGAAAGAGAAAACCACUUCUGAGAAAAGCUCACACAUGAAUUUACUUGGAGAAACUGAGAGUCUCUUCCAAAAACCCCUGGAAUCUGAGAAUUGGUUAUUGUCUGAAAAGAAACGCACAGAGACCACACCAAAAGACAGUCCGAGCACACCAGAGCCAGAUGCUGAAGAGGACAAAUGGCUUCUACGCAAGCGGGCCAAUAUACAGGACAGACUUGGUCUUCCCAGUGUAUGUGAUUUAUUUUCCUGUCUCAAGCUUGAUGGGGACAAGGAGAAGUGGCUACACCGCACAACAUUUCAGAUGUGAAAACCAAAACAGUCCGAAAUCUUUUGGUGGACUGAAUUGCUGAUCAUCACACAAUAAGCUGUUGCCUUAUUUUCAUAUUUCAUAAGUGUCUAACUAUUCUGUUCUGCUUAACCCUGCUCUCAGGAGAGAAUAAGCUUGUUCAAGUAACCAUCUAACAAAUCUUUUGCUGUAGUUAUUAAUGGAAGAACUCUUUACCAAUAUUAGUGCAGAAAGUACACUGCCAUCCCAGUGAAACAAAUUUUUACAUGUUCUAAAGUAAUAGAGUAAUUGAUUUAUGUAACGUUUGAAAAGAUUCAUGGCCGAAGGAUCGAGUUAUCAGGUAGCAGUUUAUACGAUGAGCAAGAAUAAUGAUAAAUCGAAAUUCAAGUAAUUAAAAUCAAGAGGUUUUUUUUUUAAAUUGUUAAUUAACUAAUUUAGCAUAAUUCUUUACACCAGAUGGCUUCCUGAAUAGGAGAAAAGAUGGGUUUAUUGGCACACUUCACCACACUUGAUUUCCAUUUUCCUUAGCUGUAUGUUCCUGCUUUGCUUUCAUUUUAAGAAGCCAUUUAUUUUAAAACUAUGGUGAAAUAUGAUCCUGCAUUGUUGACCAGGUGUAAGAAAAGCUGAUAAUGCUUGCUAAAAUCCCAUCUAAUGGCAAGGAGCAGCAGAU